UUUCCCACCAUGUGAAAUCAUAUCCUUGUUUUCGAUUCCGUUUCACUUUUAAUUAAAAAAAAAAAACUAUUUCAUCAUUAAUUCCUCCCAAUUUCCUUCCUUAUAUGGAAUUUUUUGAUUUAUUUCCAUUUAUUCUCAUUUUAAUUUAAUUUUUUUAAAAAAUCUAGCGCUAGAUUUUCAAGUCCCUGAGAAACUCCAUCAUUUUCCGGCUAUUUAAACUACUGCUGUUGUUGUUUUUUGUUUUCCAUUUUUCUUCACCAAAUUCUCAGUUCGAGUUUCAGUAAUUUUCUUUUUAUUUAUCGUUUCCCAUUUGUUUUCAGUACACCUCUUUUUUUUUUUCUUCUUCUUCUUUUUCUAGUUUCAGAUCUUUGCUUUUCUUAGGGUUUUUGUUUCUGCUUGGGUUUUAGUUCCAAAAAAAAAUAGAGAUUUAGGGGUUUCUUUUGGAAUUUUCCUGAGAAAAUGGAGAAGGACAAAUCCCCAGGCUUGCCACCGCCGUCUGGUCGGUAUACUGGGUUUGCGGCCGUCGGGAAUGUUUUGAACUCAACUGGAUGUUUUGGUCAAAGUUCUGAUGCGAAUCGUUUUAGUCAGGAUAUUAGCAAAAUGCCUGAUAAUCCACCAAAGAACUUGGGUCAUCGCCGUGCUCAUUCUGAAAUCCUUACUCUUCCUGAUGAUAUUAGCUUUGAUAGUGAUCUCGGUGUUGUUGGGGCGGCUGAUGGACCGUCGUACUCUGAUGAUACGGAGGAGGAUAUGUUCUCUAUGUUCAUUGAUAUGGAUAAGUUCAAUUCUUCUUCUGCAACAUCGACUUUUCAGGUUGGUGAGUCGUCAGCCCCCGCCGCUGCUCCGGCAACUGCUCAUAUGGCUGCUGCUGCAUGGACUGGGAUGAAUGGUGAGAACCAGAGUGUUACUGUUGGGUCUUCGGAGAAACCGAGGGUUAGGCACCAACAUAGCCAGUCGAUGGAUGGGUCGACCAGUAUUAAGCCGGAAAUGCUUAUGUCCGGUUCGGAGGAAGUUUCACCUGCUGAGGCUAAGAAAGCUCUGUCUGCUACUAAGCUUGCUGAGCUUGCUAUUAUUGAUCCCAAGCGUGCUAAGAGGAUCUGGGCAAAUAGGCAGUCUGCUGCUAGGUCAAAGGAAAGAAAGAUGCGAUAUAUAGCUGAACUCGAAAGGAAAGUUCAGACGUUGCAAACUGAAGCAACAUCACUCAAUGCCCAGCUGUCUCUGUUACAGAGAGACACCGGUACUCUGACUGCUGAAAACAAUGAGUUGAAACUGCGUUUGACAACAAUGGAGCAGCAGGUUCAUUUGCAAGAUGCAUUAAACGAAGCGCUGAAAGAUGAAAUCCAGCAUCUGAAAGUACUGACCGGCCAAUCUAUACCAAACGGUGGACCGAUGAUGAAUUAUGCGUCUUAUGGAACUAAUCAACAAUACUACCCCAAUAAUCAAGCUAUGCAUACUCUGCUAACCGCGCAGCAGUUCCAGCAACUUCAAAUCCAAUCCCAGAAACAGCCGCAUCCAUUCCAGCUGCAACAUCAAACGGGGGACAUGGGAGUUAGAGGUCCCGUGCCAACCCCUAACCACAAAGAUGCUUCAUCGGAUGUCAGCUUGACAGCAUCAAAGGAUUGAUGGGUUAGAUGCCCCUAUAAGACUUGGUAUUUUGGGUUCCUUUUUAUAGAUAGGGCAUAUGUUCCCUUCCAUAUUUGUUGUUUCACAUCUCUUUAUCUCUCUAGGCCUUUUUUCAUAUAAACUUUAUUUCUAGGUUGUUAUAUUUACAUGUAGGUGGAGACUGAACUAAGAUUUAUAUAUAAUAUUAUCCGGUAUAGUUUUACUGUUUCCGAAA